AUGGCGGAUAAUUAUCGUAAAGUUCAUAGCAUUAAGCCACAACAGAAACGUAAAACACCCAUGUGUGCAAGAUGUAGACGACAUGGAAUCGAGAUUCCAGUUAAAGAUCAUAAACCCACUUGUCCUUACAAUGAAUGUGAUUGUGAUAAGUGCAAAGAAUAUUUUAAAAAAAAGCGCAACUCUGACUCGUACAACUCCAAUGAAUUCGCUUCACACGAGGAUGGAAAUUUCCCAAAAGAUGACGCUUGUUAUUAUUGGUGCGAAUGGUUAGGAAAAAUUUUUCCCGAAGUUCCACCAGAACGAAGAGAAGAAAUCCUAAUCCGAUCUGGCAUGGACAAGCAAAUGGUUCCAGCUAAUCAAGCAACGACGAGUCCUUCGGUAGCCUCUCAAACGGACGCUGUUGCAGCGCUUAUGUCUUUAACUAGAGUCAAUAUGAAAAAUUUGGGUAGAUAA